AUGACCGGCAAAACAGCACCUCCAGCCACAAACCCGGCUCCAGCCCCUGCAAAGAAACAGCCGACCCCAAAGGAAGAACCAGCUCCAGCUCCAGCUCCAGCUCCAGUUCCAGCUCCAGCUCCAGCUCCUGCUCCAGCUCCAGCUCCAGCUGCUGAAAAUCCCCCAGCCCCUGAGCAUCCCCCUACCACGGAGCAGCCCAAAGGCCCUGGAGAUGAGCCUGGUCCUGUCCCCACAGCAGAAGCAACUCCAACCCCUGCAGAAGGUCCCCCAGCUCCCCCGGCUGAACCCCAAGCUCCAGCCCCUGAACCUAAGCCUGAGAAACCAAAGGCAGAGCCGCCCAGCUCUCCCUUGUCUUUGACCGUGGAAGAAGUGAGUGAAAACUCCGUUACGCUGACCUGGAGAGCACCGGAGCAGACAGGCCAGGCGGGCCUGGAUGGAUACGUGGUGGAGAUCUGCAAAGAUGGAAGUACAGACUGGAUGACUGUGAACAAGGAGCCUUUUCUUUCCACCCGGUACACAAUCCAGGACCUUGGCUCUGGUGACAAGAUCCAUGUACGGGUGAAGGCUCUCAGUGCCAACGGUGCCAGUGUCCCAGCUACUUUGGAGAAGCCGGUCCUCAUCAGAGAGAUCCACCAGCUCCCGAGGAUUCGCAUGCCCCGUCAUCUGCGUCAGACUUAUGUCAGGCGUGUUGGAGAUGCCGUGAACAUGAUGAUCCCUUUCCAGGGAAAGCCGCAGCCCGAGGUGAUCUGGACCAAGGGUGGCCAGCCCCUGGACACCAGCCGCAUCAACAUCCGCAACACAGACAAGGACACCAUCUUCUACAUCCGCCAGGCACAGCGCAGCGACUCGGGCAAGUAUGAGCUCACCGUGCGGAUAAACGGAGCUGAGGACAAGGCUACCCUGGACAUCCGAGUCAUCGAGCCACCGGGCCCCCCCCAGAACCUGAAACUGCUGGAUGUAUGGGGCUUUAAUGUGGCCCUGGAGUGGACCCCACCGUUGGACAAUGGGAACUCUGAGAUCAAGGGCUACAUAGUGCAGAAGUCAGACAAGAAGAGUGGGAAAUGGUUCACAGCGCUGGAGCGCUGCUCCCGCACCAGCUGCACCAUCUCCGACCUCAUCAUUGGCAACACCUACUCCUUCCGAGUGUUCGCGGAAAACGCCUGCGGGCUGAGCGAGAAAGCAGCCGUCACUUCUGGGGUGGCCCACAUCAAGAAGACAAAAACUACUUACCAGUCAGAGAAGAUCCCCCAACGGGACAUGAUGGAACCUCCAAAGUUCACCCAGCCCCUGACAGACCGAACCACCACCCGGGGCUACAGCACACAUCUCUUCUGCUCCGUCCGGGGCUUCCCACAGCCCAAAAUCAUCUGGAUGAAAAAUCAGAUGGAGAUACGGGAAGACCCCAAAUAUAUAGCAAUGAUUGAGCAAGGUGUCUGCUCCCUGGAAAUCCGCAAGCCCAACCCUUUCGAUGGAGGAGUCUACACUUGCAAAGCUGUGAACCCCUUGGGAGAAGCCUCAGUAGACUGCAAACUUGAUGUGAAAGGAUCCUGCCCAGACUUUCCAGCUCACAUUUCCCUGCCUCAGCAGAGCACCCAGCCCAACCCUUGCAUUGAGCUGCCCCUCUUUGCUCCCCACAGACGCCUCCUCUGCGUGCUGCAGACCCACCUCGGCGUGCAGGAGGAUGCAUGCCCACACAUUUUGUUCCUCAAGUGGUGA